AACUGAAUCAUGAAAAGAUUUGGUUCAUAACAACGAUUUGGUUCAAUACGACAUCACUGAACGCCACAUGAUCAUACCACGGAAACUCUUCAGCGGUGAUUAUCAUUACACUUCGCUUUGACAACACAUGCGAGAUUACAAAAUUCAUCUAAGAUCUUCAGUAUGACAACACAGGAGGUUCGUCUGUGUGGGCUGCUACUGCAGGAGCACUUUGGAGAGGUGGUUGAGAAAGUGGGCAUUCAUCUCCUCCGCAGUGGAGUCCUGAACUUACGAGCUCUUGUUCAUGAGACCAAACUACCUCUUGACUUGGUCAAGAAGUCUUUGUGUGUGCUGGUGCAGCAUGGGAUGUGUACAUUUGGUCCAGGGCGUCGUGGUCCAAUGGGACCGGUGGAGUACCAGAUGAACUGUGAGAACAUUCUGCACAUGCUCCGCUAUCCACGCUACAUCUACACGGCCAAGAGUCUUUACGGAGACACAGGGGAGCUCAUUGUGGAGGAGAUACUGCAGAGAGGCCAGAUGACGAUGAGCACCACAGUCAGUACUGUAGCAGACAGACUGACCCACAAUAUGCCAGAGGGCCAGUCUAUGGACUACAGUGAGGUUGUCACUGCAUUUUCCCGGUUGGUGGAGACACAUUUUUUGCAGCGCUGCCCCCCCAUGCCGUCAGCAGAACCAUCAACUUCGGGUGAUGCCAACUCUAACCCUCCUCCAGCUGUGACGAAGCCCAGUGAACCAGAAAGCCACCCGGAUUGCUAUAAACUUCCUUAUAUCAAUAUUACCGGUAAGGGAAAACGCAGACGCAGUGAUGAUGGUGAAGCUCUCAAUAGUACUGCAAAGAAAGCCAAGACGGACAGCAGCGAGUUUGGUGAUGAAGGGAUCUAUUGGCAGGUGAACUUCGAACGUUUUCACCUGCACUUCAGGGAUCAGGCCAUCAUAAGUGCCGUUGCCUGUAAACUUGAUCAGACCAGCAGUGAGAUAGUUCGAACCAUGUUACGAAUGAGUGAGGUUACAACACCUGCAAAUGCUGCUUUCACACAGGCUCUUUCAGCUAAUGAGAUUUUCCGAUCUCUUCCCUCUAAUUACAACAUUGCUAGGCAGAUUUUAGACCAAUACCUCACUCUCCUCGUUGAUGAUCCGAUGGAAUUUGUGGGGAAGACAGGUGACAGUGGAGGAGGGAUGUUUGUCGUCAAUUUACAUCGUGCACUGGCUAACCUGGGCAGGGCCACUCUCGAGUCUGUGGUCCAGGAGAGGUUUGGUUCCCGUUCAGCUCGCAUCUUUCGUCUGUUGCUACGGAAACGGCACCUGGAGCAGAAGCAGGUGGAGGAUUUUGCUAUGAUUCCAGCCAAAGAGGCCAAAGACAUGCUGUAUACACUUCUGUCGGAGAAUCUGGUCCAGCUGCAGGAAAUCCCAAAGACACCAGACCACGCCCCCUCUCGAACCUUCUAUCUGUACACCGUUAAUCAGCUGCCAACAGCCAGACUCCUGCUGCAACACUGCUAUAAGACAGUUGGAAACCUGAUUGAGAGACGGCAGUAUGAGACCAAGGAGAACAAGCGACUUUUGGAAAAAUCUCAGCGAAUUGAAGCCAUUCUGGCGUCCCUGCAAGCCACGGAGGCCGAGGCCGAGCAGCUGACAGAGGUGGAGGAGAUGAUCACAGCUCCAGAGAGACAGCAGCUCGAGUCUCUACGGCACCACAUAAACAAGUUGGAUUCCAGUGAAAACCAGGUGGAUGAGACCAUAUUUCUUCUUGAAUCCUACAUUAACUCCACGAAGUCCAAAUAGUUCAAGACAGAUAUAAGCUAGUUCAUGUUUGAGAACCAGAAAAACAUUAACGAAAAAAAAUGGUCACCAAAAGUGUAGUUACAUGAAAAAACUACAGAAGGGAGAGAUUGAUCCACAUGUAUAGACGAGUGAAAAUGGAUACUGAUGCUAUUUGUAAAAGUGUGAGUAUGGCAUAGUUUUAUUUUGCGGUGGGUUAAAAUAAAGAUGGAUUUAGUUUUA